UUGCGAAAAAAUUGGCAGUAACUUCUAGUUAGGGGGCAGAAUUUGACCUUCGAUUUCCACUUCAAUGGAUUCUUCAUCACAGUCGCCGUCCGAACCUCCGGCUGCUUCUUCUCCUCAUAUACCUCCGGCUUCAACAGUCCCCUCCGCCACAACUUCCGUCGUAGUUCCACCGCAAUCGUCCCCAAAUGCGAACCCUAAUAUCAACCCGAGUUCAUUUCAAAAUCAGAACCCCAAUUCCAAGGCCUCAACUCCUCUACCCAACCAGCCUUCACAACAACAACAAUCUCUUCCCCCUUCACAGCAAAUCUCUAGGCCUUCCGCCUCAUUGUCUGGAACUUGGCAACCGCCCUCGCAUUUCUCUCAUUUUUCUUCUCCUUCGCCUUCUGCUUCAUCUAGCGUUCCUACACCUCGCCCUGUUUCUGCUUCUUCUCCAGCCCAAAGGGGCGGUGUCGCCAUUGGGGUUCCAGCUCACCAGCCGAGUCCCUCUCCUCAGCCUGCCCCGUUUUCUGCAUCUUAUGGCCAGCAUUUUGGUGGGUUGGGCCGAGGUGGCGUCAGCAUAUCGGACGGGCCUUCUAAUGUUAACCCUUCCCAGGUGAGACCUCCUAUGCAAGGAAUGCAGGGAUUGGGAAUGUUGGGAUCAAGUGGUUCUAGUCCUCAAAUGUUGCAGAGACCUGUGCAAUCUUCUCUCAGGCCACCAUCUACCCCAAACUCAGCUUCCCAAAGUUUCCAAGGCCAUGGUCUCUUGAGGGUACCAUCAACUAGUUCUCCAAGUUCUUCAUUGCCAAAUACGUCACAAGGUAUGCAACCCUCCAACCAGCCAUGGUUGCCAUCUAGCUCACAAGGAAAACCACCACUUCCAACACCUUCAUAUAGACCGCAGGUAAACUCACCUGCUAUGCAGCAAAGGUCACAUAUCCCUCAACAACAGAACCAUCCCUUAACUCCAGCUCCUCAGCAGCAGCAAAUUUCAUCAGCUCCUCAGCAACAACCUGCUCAUUCACAUCAGCCGCAGGAGCAUUUUGCACAACAAUUUCAAUCGUCAAGGAGUCCACAAGGGUUACCACAUCAACAGCAGGCCGCAAGAGCUCAGGGACCAGCAAACCAGAAGCCUUCUCCUCUUGCACCUUCACAAACUAAUAAUACACAGACAAUGACCCAGAGCAGAGCUAUAACUGCAGAGACGGAAGAACCCUGUAGUAGAAUUCUCAGCAAAAGAAGUAUUGGCAAAUUGGUUAACCAAAUUGAUCCAUCUGAGAGAUUGGAUCCUGAAGUGGAAGAUAUACUCGUUGAUCUAGCAGAAGAGUUUGUUGAGUCAAUUACAACGUUUGGUUGCUCAUUAGCAAAGCAUCGCAAAUCAACUACAUUGGAAGCAAAAGACAUCCUUCUACAUCUUGAAAAAAACUGGAAUCUAACCCUUCCGGGAUUUGGUAGUGACGAGAUUAAGAUAUUCAGAAAACCGCUUACAAAUGAUACUCACAGAGAACGUCUUGCAGCAGUAAAAAAAUCUAUCGUAGCAAGUGAGAUGGCUAAUACGAGGAAUUCUGCUGGACAGGCUGCAGGAAAUACAAAAAGCAGUCUAACAAAAACACCUGCAGUCUAGCAUCUCUAAAAGUUCUAGAUAUGUGAAUUUGAAUGGGGUAUUUCUUGAGGGUUCUGGAGUCAAGAAGGUACGUAAAUUGUUUGUCUAGCACAAGAAGGUAUCAGCAAAUCUUAUAUACAGGAAGUGUCAUGAGUUUUUGACGAUGAAAAAUUGAAGAUUGAGCAUUGAUCUUCAUUGCCUGUCUGUAAAAGUAGAGGUUAAUGGCUUGUUUGAUACCUUUCAUCUUUAGUAUGUCAAAAGGACAAGGUUGGAGAAUCAUUUUAACUUUGUGUCAACUCUCUAAUCUUGAAUGGAGAUUUUUGUUAACUUGUGUAUAAAUUUUUUUCAAUGCAUUAUGUUA